GCGGCCAACAUGGCGGCGCGGGGCCGGGAUCGCGCCGCGGCGCGGUAGGGGCGGCGGGGCCCGUCCUCCCGCCGCGGGCCGGGCAGCGCAGCGCAGCGGGCCAGGCUGCUGGCAAAUGUGCAAUACCAAGAUGUCCUCCCUGACGGAUGCCUCUUCUGUCACCGCUUCGGAGCAAGAGACGCUGGUUAAACCAAAGCCCCUAUUUUUGAAGUUGUUAAAGUUAGCUGGUGCAGAAAAGGACACUUUUACUAUGAAGGAGGUAAUGUUCUAUCUUGGACAAUAUAUUAUGUCUAAACAAUUAUAUGAUGAAAAACAGCAACAUAUUGUACACUGUGCAAAUGAUCUCCUGGGGGAUUUAUUUGAAGUAACAAGCUUUUCAGUAAAAGAACACAGGAGACUAUAUUCAAUGAUUUCGAGAAAUCUGCUAGCAGUCAAUCAACAAGACUCCAGGCUUCCUGACACUCCUGAGGAUGAUGCCAGAUUUCAACUUGAAGAAAAUGUUCUAAAGGAGUCUAUGCAAGAGUUAGAAGAGAAGCAGACUUCAUCAAACGUGACUUCCCGACCAACUACAUCUUCUAGGAGGAGAACACACAGUGAAUCUGAAGAAAAUUCUUCAGAUGAUCUGCAUAGUGAUCGAAGAAAACGACACAAGUCAGACAGCAUUUCAUUGACGUUUGAUGAAAGUCUCUCAUGGUGUGUUGUCAGUGGUCUGUGCCGCGAUAGAAGCAGCAGCAGUGAUUCCACAGAUUCUCUUUCCAUUCCUGAUCUUGAUGCCAGUUCACUAAGCGAAAACUCCGAUUGGUUUGACCACAGUUCUGUUUCAGACCAGUUCAGUGUAGAGUUUGAAGUUGAGUCUAUUUAUUCAGAAGAUUAUAGCCAUAAUGAAGAAGGACAGGAGCUCACAGAUGAAGAUGAUGAGGUGUAUCAGCUGACUUUUUACCAGGAUGAAGACAGUGAUGCUGAUUCAUUUGAUGAAGAUCCAGAGAUUUCUCUAGCUGAUUAUUGGAAGUGUCCCCAGUGUAGCGAAAUGAAUCCUCCGCUGCCACGACAUUGCCACAGAUGCUGGGCUCUUCGUGAGGACUGGCUUCCAGAUGAGAAGAGUGGUAAAUUGGAAAAAAGCAAAUUAGAAGAUUCCUUCCCACUUAAGUCUGAAGAAGGUAUUGAUGUUCCUGACUGCAAGAAAGUGAAAGUGACUGACAAGAAAGAACCAGCUAUGGAGGAGAAUGAGGAUAAAGCUGUACAGAUUUCUGAGUCACAGGAAAGUGAAGAUUAUUCCCAGCCAUCAACAUCUAGCAGCAUGUUUUGUAGCAGUCAGGAGGACUUUAAAGAACCUGAGAAGAGAGAAAUGCAAGACAAAGAGGAAAGCAUGGAAUCCAGUCUGCCUGUUACCAGCAUAGAGCCCUGUGUCAUCUGUCAGAGCAGGCCUAAAAAUGGCUGCAUCGUGCAUGGCAGAACGGGACACCUCAUGUCAUGCUUCACAUGCGCGAGGAAACUGAAGAAGCGGAACAAACCCUGUCCAGUCUGCAGACAGCCCAUACAAAUGAUUGUACUAACUUAUUUUAGUUAGAUGAAUAUUGACUAGAAAGCCACGAAAGCAACUUGAUAAACGGGUUAAGAGCGUAAGAAACUAUUUUUGUAAGUUUAUUGGAAAAUUAAUAUUUUGGGACUCUUUAUAUAUGGUGUGAAAAGUAAUUGCUGAAAUAAAUGCACAGGAGUUGUAAGAGGUUAGCCUAAUACUCAUGUCAGUUUGAAGAUUUUAAAUCCCUCUAGAUAGAAAUAAUCAAUGCCCGCAAACUACCUGCCUCUCUUGAGUGCUUUAUGUUCCAUACAGGUUAAUGACAGCUGUUUUACUGGAUUAAAUAUACACGUUAAAACCCAAAUUCAAUUAUUAUGAGAGGAGAGAUGUGUUGAAAAGGUUAUUCAUGUGAGUUCUUCUUAAGAUGGUAGAUUUUUCCAGAUUCUAGUAUCGGUUCCUUGGUGAAGACACCAGGCUCAAUCAGAACCCUCCAAAUAAGUCAAUUAAAUAAAUAAAUAAAGUAUUGUCUCCCUCAUUCCUAUAUCUUAAAAUUCAUCCACGUAACCAAAUUACAGAGGAGAUCUUACCAGGGGGAAGAUGUGGUAAAAAUUCAUUAAGGUUUUUGUGUGUCACUUAUUUUCAGAGUCUGCUUUGUAAACUCCAGGACUGUGUGUGCCCUGAAAAGUUACUGAUCUGAGUUCAGUCUUAACGUUAUCUCGAACAUCUGAGAAAUUGGUUUUUAAAAUUCUCUGUGGGUUUGGACAUCUGCACUAUCCUGAUUAUCAUUUUAGCAACGUGAGAAAAUACUUGAACAGGCAAGAUAAAUGAAGGAAAUGCUAUGUAAUGUCAAGUCAGGCAUUAUGAGGGGACAGUCAUUCUUUUUCUGCACUUGUCUUUGACUUCAGCAAUGUAGCAUGCAGCUUGAUCACUCGUUAGCUUGAGUACAAAUAGGAAAAAAUAGCCCACCUAUACAUGCAGAAACAAAUGAGCUGUGUAGUUCUAGGUCACACAGACAGACUUUUACAUUCAGUUGUCUUUCCAGCUUAGACUGUUUUUCUUUGUAGCACCAGAUUUCUGAAAAUCUGUUGCAGGGUGUUUGGGCAACUGAUAAUUGGUCUCACUGGACCUGUUCUUUACUGCUUUUAGCUCUUGUCUCCUCACUGUACUUUGUCAAAACCUUUGUGAAACCUGGAGUCUACUAACUGACUCAGUUCUUUGGUGCAUUCAGAGUAGGCAGCAUGAGCAUAUUUCUGAAAGCUCAGGUAUCUUCAGAAUACAGUUACAUUACUCAUCUGAGCUGCUUUUCAGAUGGAGAGUUUCUGUGCUAGUGAAUUCUAUUUAUGGUUUUGGAAAACUAGGUUACAAUAUUAAUUGUAUGGGUUUAGCACCUUUUAAUUUUCCAGGUAGUUGAUUCUCAUCUGCUCAAUAGAGAAAUGGCAAGUAAGUACUUGGGGGAGUGCCAAGAAUGGAGUUGUUCCCUAAAUGCAGGAAUUGUGUUUUGUUACUAUUCCACAGGCCGAGGUUCCUUAAUGCCACCAUUACCAAACUGUUGAUGCUUGUGUGCUAGCACAAAGGCUUUUACUGGCAUAAUUACCUUCAUGUCAGAGCUGAAAUACUUGCUCUUGUAUAAACUAUCUGUAAACCAGGGCUGCAAGUGUCUAGAAGAGAAGGAACUACCUUGGAAAAGGACAUGAAGCUGUAGAGAAGAGAUUUGGCAAAACCUUGGUUUUUAAAUGCCUUCAUAGGUAAUGACUCAAUAACCAGGAUCAGUCAUGUUUUGUUUGUAAAUUUGAGCUAAUUUUUGAAAAAUACUACUAAAACACACUGGUAUCUCUGAAGUCUUACCUAAUUAGUUUUAACUAAAUGAAAUGUAAACCCCACUUGUAUAUGUUCAAAUUUCUACUUGAAAAUUUCUUGUCCCUUGCAAUUUGUAAAGCAACAGCAGGUAGCUGGAAGUCCCAGUUCUUUGGUCAGCAGAAUUUCAUGGGAUUUGAUAAUCCUUCAGCCUGAGACAGAGAAGUCCUUUGGGCAGAUACUUAAAUGUUUCAAGUAGGGGUCCUUCUAAUAGAUUAUUGCCUGCCUUAAUUCACACUGCUUCCUCUUUAUUUUUCUCUAUUUUUGUUUUGAUAAACUGAAGUGCAGCGAAGCUUGCCAAGGCUCUUCAUUGCACCUGCAGGUCAGAACCAAACCGUGGUCAUACUGCGGUCUGGAACAUGCGGCUGGAUUGUAGAUGUGUCUGUUCAGGAGAAGCAUUUGAUAAUAUGGAGACUUCUUCAAAAGCUUCAUCCAUUAUAUCAUCUUCUUUGUCUUAGGCUUCAGUGUGACACCUUCUCUGCAGUCACUGAGAGAGCUGGGCAGCUGCUGUGCUGUGCUACAGGAGCAGCUUUUCAUAGCUCCUGCUGAGACAAAUCAUACCACCCCACUCUUGGUAUUCUCUUCCAGCCAAUCCCGUUAAGUGAUCUCUGUAUUUAAACAAAUACUUCAGCUCUUAAAAAGGCCAGUGUGGUUAGAGCAAUGAUUGCAAUCACUCAGCUAAGAGAUCUUUCUUCAAAACCAGUGUCAUCUCCCACUAAUGCUUUCUGCUCUGGCAAAAGAGAAACUAAGAGCAUAUGCUCGUUUCACUUUUAUGAUCUAAAACUACUUCCCCUGCACUGGGGAGAGCAGCUCUGGAAAUACUCUCCACUCCAUACAAAGCUGAGGAAAUUGGUAAUUUUUUGAUUUUUGAAUCUAUGGCCAAAUUAAUGAGUCAGAGCAAAUCUUUGUUUUGAAUUAUAAGGCUUAAUAUUAUUCUUAAUAACUUCUAGUAAAACUAUAUUGUUUGGAUUGUUUGGGGUUCCCCCCCCGAGCAUGCCUUGCAAAUGACAGGAGUGAUGGGUAUUGCUGUCUAUUCUGGCUCCUGUAGGAGACGCUGUCAGGCAAGUGUACGCCAGGGGUAUGGGGGCAUGUGUGAUGCAGUGUGAUGGUGACUUUGAUGUCAUGACUGACUGGUGACCUUCAGUCUCAAAGGCUGAAACCUCUGGCUCUGUCUCCACAUGUCACCCCCCAACCCAUGCUCACGAUGGGUGCUGUGGGUGGUGACCAGCCUGGUGUUCAGCCUGUGCGUUUCCAGGCCAGAAUGUGGCUCUGGCCUUGGGCAGCAGCACAGAAGUCAGCAGAAGUUUGGUACAGAAGCUGACAGUUCUCUUACUUGGUGAGGUCUUUGAGAUACUUAUUUAAUAUACAUUUGUUAAUUUAUUGCAGUUUGUAAAUAUUCUUGUGCUUGCAGUUGGUGUUUUGAGCUUUUAUUUAUUGAAUUAGUCUGUUGGUACGUGUGUAGAUACAUAAAUAUGCAUACUUAGUAAAUCACAGUAAAAGUAUUUAAGAAAUGGUAGCAUUAAAAUAUAAAUAUUCAGAUUAUACUCAGAUCAAGAGGGGCAUAGGAAGAAUUAUGGCUUUGUUUUCUUUUUUCCUCCGCUUAAAACUUCUGUGUUGAACCUGAACAACAUCUAUUAAAUGGAGAUGGAGGCUGGUGCAACUUUAGCAGAGGGAAAAUGUUCUGGUGGUGUUUGUUUUCCUUUGGAAUACUUUUGCAUUUCCGUGAGUACCCAAGAAGCUGCCUGACUGCUUUGUUGCGCUGGUAACAGCGGAGGUGAGGGUCUGGAAAGAUGGUCAGAGGUGCUCAGGUUAGUUUGUAAUGGGUAGGAACUGCUUUUGCCUUUGAACAGGUGACCAAGAGUUAAAGGGAUGGCCAGAAGCUGACAGAAUUGUGGCAGUACUCAGUGUUCAGUAAUUUCCUUAGCCUGAUCCUCCAUGCUCUUCAGGUAGACAAUAGUUACAUACAAAUGCUACAAGAACUUCCAUUUAUUUUUAUAAAGUACAGUAAACCUACUUCUUGAUUCAAUAUGACUUUUUCACUGUGUAGCUAUCUAUUAGUAUUGAAAUUAAACCCAAGGACGCGUAGUGUUAAGUGCACUCGAGAAAGGUGGCAAAAUUGCUUUACUCCAGUGUCCAACAUUUCUCAAAAAGGUCAGAAGUGUGAGAACCUUUAAUCCUACGUCUUAAAGAUUGAGUAGUUAUGAAUUCUGCUGCUUUUGUCCUUGAAAAAACCUGCACAACUGAAACAGAAGUAGCUGGAUUGCUGAUGUUGUACCUUCAUGCUGCAAAGGUUCAUGCUUUUUUGCUGAGCAGCACCCUUUGAGUAUUGAUUAAUGAUCUCUUUGAAUAUUGAUUCAUGAUCCCACGGGGAGAAACGUGUUCCAUGCCAUCCCGAGCGGGGGCUGUGGCUGCCACUUCAGCUCACUGGUUGAUUUGGAAAGGGUGAAAGUGCUACAAAGAUGGAAUUGAGGAAAAGCUAUUUACAUAAAAAACCCCACAAAACGAAUGAACAUUUAUUCUAAGAGUUUGAUGCAGUUUUAUUGUGGAGUUCUGUUUGCUGUAAAUUCAUUUCAAUGUCACUGUCUCAGAAAUGUCUGUGUGAGUAGGAAGCCACAGGCAAGACUUCAGGCAGAUUUUUUCCCCUUCAAUGCGAGGGAAAAACAAUUCCUCAUCCGUACAGAAAGUGUCAACAAGAAUAAUCGUGUCAGAAAAUUGUGUUCUUACAAAGAGAGAGAAGAAAUAUUAGAAGCAUAAUGAAACUGAAUAAAAUGAAAUUAGUAAGAUUAAUAUAGGGCUGAAGAACUUUACUUCCCCAGCUUAAUCUGAGCUGCUGUUGUGUUAGGGCGUAACUUCAGAAGGCAGAGCUGUGGGCUGCGCUGCUGCUGGCGGUGCCGGCAGGGGGGCAGGGGCGGGGUGCCCGCAGGGCAGCCCCCGGGCUUCACGCAGCGCCUUCGUGUGUCGCUCUGCGCCUCCUGCCGGAGCGGAGCCCGCGGCCCCGCAGCAUCAGCUCCCGGCCUGGGCUGGGGCACUGCCUGCCUGGCCCAGUCCCAGCCCCAGCCCUAGCUGCAGUCACCUGCCAUUUAAAGGUUGCACAAGCAACGUAAAGCAAAAAAAGAGUGCGAGUCCCCAGAACACUAGCUUAGGGUGGCUUUUAACAGUGGAUUGCACUUAAUGAACGUGAACAUUUGUUGUUUUAAAUGAACAUGUGGGUUUUGUUCUUUUUUUUUAUCUAGCACAGAUGAACUAAAAGCUGCAAGUGAAUGCCUCUCUGUAGUGUGUGUAUAUAUAUACAUUCUACAUAUAAAAUUUGCUGGUGAUACUUAAAAAGGUGUUGUCUCCCCUUUUGAUUAGAUGUUGCUUUAACUUAACUGCCUGAUUUUUAAAGCACAGCUCUUGGUUUUGAGCUAAAUUAAUCGUCAGCAAUGCGAUGAUUUCAUAAUACCUAAAAUAGCAAAAAGGUUUUCUAAAAGCAGAGUCUUACUUUGCUGUCUGACUACGUGUAGCUGGAAUGACUAUAAAACAGACUAGCUUAUAGUGAAUUAAAAUACCUAUGCAAUUUUGCAGCGCCUCCUAGAUGUACACGCUUUCAACACCUUGCCAUGGUGUGUAUGUUCUAGAUACCCAACGCACCUACUACCACACUCCGUAACCAUUAAAAUAAUAUCUACUCCAAGUGCACAUAGAACCAUUGAAUGAGAAAAUUUUCAUGUGUAUUGCAUUUGUCUUUCGGUUUCCAGUUUUUCCUUUUCUGAGGAAACGAUCAUUAUGUUUCAUUUAAAAGCUUUAAAUAAAGAUUUGUUUUAUCUAA